AUGGUCAAGCUUGAAGAACUCGAAGAUGAGCACUUCAUCAACAAGCCAGAUACCACCAAGGACGGCGCUCUGCUAGCCGAUGACGAUGAAGACUACACUGAUACCGACUCUGAAAUCUCCGACGACGACGCCGUCGAGGCUCCCCUGGACGAGACGCUGUUCGACCGCCUCUCUGCGCUUCGCGACAUCGUCCCCCCCAAGACCCGCGCCCGGCUGGUGUCUGCAACCUCGUCGGUCUACUCGGCUGCUAAUGCAUCAAUCACCUACGGUGGCAAGAGCCUGUGGGUCAUCGCGACCAGCAUCUUGUUGUUGGGUAUCCCCUACGCACUCGCGCUGGGCGAGGAGCAGCAGUUCAUGGAGGAGGAGAGGCAGCGGGGCAUGAUGGAGCAGGGACAGCAGGGAAUGAUUCAGCAGGGCCAGCCCGGGCAGGGGGACGCGAAGCCGGCGUUGUAA